UUGGUAAACAAAGACGGAGUUUUCAGCGGGUGAGGCACGCAGUUCAGUUUUCACCCGCCGAGUAAAGCCAACUGUGGCUUGGAUAACUCAUUGCGAUUCUGCGUAAUUUCAAUCGGGUACAAAUUAUCAGCUCCCCAAAGAAAAAAAAUAACUAAAAUGGACGAGGAUUUCGAUGGGCUUAUGUGCCGCGUUUGCGAACGGUCCGAUUCUUCCGAAGCGUACGUGGAUCUGUUCCUGAAUCGUUUGAUUCCUAAAAUUACUACCUGUGCAGUGAUUCAAAUUGAGAAGAAUGACGGUUUGCCCCGGUACAUAUGCAACAAAUGCUACCAAGACUUGGAGGUGGCCUAUGCCUUCCGGAAGCGAUGCGAAAAAACCGAUGCCAAGCUAAGGUCCCAUCUGAUUAUGGAUUACGGAGAUAGCGCCGAGGAAGAUGAAGAUCCCAUCUCGUUGGAGUAUGUCUCGUGUGAUGAAUCGCGCCCAGAAAAGCGAGGAAGGGAAAAGGACAAACCCAGCUUGAUAAUCGGUAAAGACAAGAAGAUCAUAGUUGAGCAGUUGUCUGAUCCGGCGGAAUACCAGAGUCCCGAAAAACUGUCUAAGAACGACAAGAAAAAACUAGAACGAAGCAGAGUAAAGAACCAAGUUACCAAACUUACACCGGGGUCGCCAGGAUUUACCUGCAAAAAUGAAAUUUCAAGAGAAUCCUUCGAAAAGGAUGUAGUUUUUCGCGACAAAGUUUUGAUACCGAUACUGGACAAGGGUGGAGUACCUACUGGAAGCCAACUGAAUCGUUUGACAAGAAUCACAUGUCAGUACAUGGAGCGUCGAAUCAGACUUCAUAGUUUGUAUCCCUCAUCUGACGAGCAAGAGAUGGCGGCCAAAAAGUUGCUGGCACUGUUUCCACAAUUGAGCGCAACUCGCGUAACUCCGGACGCUCCACCUGAGUCACGCUUCUUCUGGAGAACGGCCGGAAAAGGGAAAGGUCAUGGCCAUUACGGGCUCAUCUACAACCGGGUUCGCAACAUGUUGAAAACGGUUCCGCCGGAGAAAAGGAAAUUCUUGAUGCGAUCUAAGAAACGUAAACUCCCUGAACAGCCAGCUAACGAGAGCGAUACCAAAGCCGAAACAUCGACUGGUGAGGUAUUGGACUCCUCAAUCGAUGGAACGUUGUGUUAAGGAUGGUAAGAUCUUGACCGUAUUCUUGGAAUUUCGUCAUCACGUCACGUCUAUUUUCAAGGUAUUUCAGUUUUUCUGUUACACGCAUCUAUGAUUAUUACAGCUGAAGUAAAUUUUAAGCUUUCUAGUUUAUAAGCUAAGAAAAUUGAUCUUUAAAAUUUCAAUUCGACAUAAUAAAUUGUUU